CGACAACAAAAAAAUAAAGCGUAGAAGAAGAAAUGUCAGCCGAGUGACUGCGAAGCGAAUCGAGAUCUGAGAUCUGUCUUUACUUCGAAAUUUAGCAUGAAUUACUGAUGUAGAGGAAGAAACCGUCGCAUAACGUCGCCAAAGAGCAAACUGCGAAGAUGACAAAUGUGUACUCGUUCGAUGGCAUCCUGGUGUUCGGGCUGCUGUUCAUCUGCACUUGUGCAUACCUCAAAAAGGUGCCUCGCCUCAACAACUGGCUGCUAUCAGAGAAGAAAGGAGUGUGGGGCGUCUUCUACAAAGCUGCAAUAAUUGGGACGAGGCUUCACAUCCCCGUGGCCGUGUCCUGCUUGACCAUGGCCUUCUACGUCGUCUUCUUGAAAUGAGAGUCGGACUGGACCUCGAGGGGACCGGAUGGGCGCGGGCGGUGGAUGGACUCACCUACGUUGCCACACGUUAAUCCUCGUUGCGGGACACCACUUGGAUUAUGUGAUGGAUGAAACCCCACUGGGCCUGUGUGAACCCAAUGCGAAAGCCAAGCCAGUGCUGCCCCCAUUCGAUGUGUGGGUGCAUUACUCCUUCUUUAAUAACACGUGUGCACUACAGACUUGAAGGGCAUCGUAAAUCUACUCCGCAGCCCACGACGGAGAGAACCACCCGGUUAACAUGUCGUCAUUCUGUUGUUGAUCAAUACCGUUUGUUGUCCUUCCACACCACAUAAUUUAUAUUGAAGGAUGCAGAAAAUCAAAGGGCAGUGCGUGCAUUAUACCAUAUAUGUGUAUAUGACACAAUAUUAGCCUAGCUUGUAUAUAUGUGUGGAAAAAAAAUUAUACAGAUUUGCUAUAGUUCAUGUUUGGUCCAACCUGCUCCCAGCUGUGCUAUUUUCUUCUUUGAAUGGUGGAGGGAAAGAUGAACAAAGCUAAUAUAUAAAGGUGUCCUUGUGUACACUAUUUUCUUUCCUUAACAGUGCUGUCUGUCAUCUCUUAAGCUUUUUUUUUUUUUUUUUUAGAUUUGAAUUUCACAUUUUGUACAGGGGUAUGUUGUAUAUAUUUUGUCAUCCAAACGUACAACAGAUAACAUGUUUUUAUUGAACGGCAAGUCAGAAAGUUCCGUCAGGACUGUGUCACAGAGACGAGAGUAAUAACUUCAGUCGAGGAAAUUGGACGUCUUGGAUUUUAAAACCAAUGCUAAACAGGGACGGUGCUUCUCUUGCCAUUUUAUCUAAUGCGUACUGUUAUCCUGACUUUAAUUCUGAGACAUUAUUUGUAUUAUUAAAAGAAGAAAUGGUUGGUUUUUUUUUUUUUUGGAGGGGAUGCGAUGCAAUUUUGACUAAAAUGUUGAUCAUA